AUGUCUCUGGCACCGAACUCGGUACCUAGGGCGGAUUCUGCCAGUCGUCCUCACUCUCCAACACUUGCUCCCUCCGCCAUACAGAGAAUCUCGAGCGAGCAUGACCGGGACAGGACGUCUAGCAAUCACUCUUCCCCCAAGCAGGGAAAUCGCUCGUUGACUGAUCCCGAACCAACGCAUUUGAGGAUCAAGAAGAGGAUUGUCGUGUGUUGUGACGGGACAUGGCAGGACGGUUUGGUCGUUAGCCAGAGAUGGAAGUACACGAAUGUGUUGAGACUGGCGAGAUCCAUCAACCAUGUCGAUAUGCGUUUCUCGCCACCUAUGCCUCAAAUCGUGUUCUACCAGUCUGGUGUUGGAAGUGAACCCAACCACUAUUUGGCACUGUUGGAUGGAGAAAAGGUGCAAGAAGCAUACGCCUUCAUCGCGCACAACUAUGAACAAGGGGACGAGAUCUUCUUGUUCGGUUUCUCGAGGGGCGCCUACACGGCUCGUAUGAUUGCAUAUGUUAUCGGAUAUAUCGGAGUACUUGACCGUACCGAGAUGGACCACUUCGCUAGUAUCUUCAUGAACUUGCAGAAGAGAGGCAAGGAGAAGGAUCCCGAGAAAAUCGAGCAGUUGGAUGCUGCAUUAAAGCCUUGGACGCAGGAUGACUCUCAUGGAAAGAAGAGAGUCAACUGCGAUGAUAAUGCUUUCAUUAUCAAGGUCGUUGGUGUCUUUGAUACAGUGGGAUCUUUGGGCCUUCCGGAGGAGCUUACUCGUUCGAAGAAUAUGAAGACACUCUUUGGAUUCCCCGACUCGACCUUAGGCACUUACAUCGAGAGGGCAUAUCAGGCGCUCGCUAUGAAUGAGACUCGCGCUGACUUUAACUGUAACAAGUUCUACCAGACGGAUGAAGGCAAACGAAAGAACCAAGUGCUAAAACAGUGCUGGUUCACAGGGAGCCAUUCAGAUAUUGGUGGAGGCUUCAAGGAGCACGACCUCUCUGACUUGACCUUGGCCUGGAUGGCGGUCAGUGGUUUCUUUUUCCGUAUUAGAAGGUCCCAUAUCGAAGAUGCACUGUCCUUGGACCACAAAUACCUGGAUUCUCUUGUUGGCAAGCCAUCUGCUCCCUGGGGUGCACAAGAGCCACACGACCCAACCACAGGUAUAUUCUCGCUGGCCACCACGAUUCAGCGCAAGCUACCUACGGCCCCGGACGCGACGACGAACGAAAAAUUCCACCCAUCGGUCCUCCAUCAAGAUACUCCUCCACCAGGAGUCCAGCUGGCGGUAAAGCAGUACCCAGAACUCCUGGAGAAGCUCAUGCCUCUGGAGGAGCAAUGGAAGAUGAACUGGCCGUACAAACCCGACGCAAAUGGACACAGUGAACCCAAUAAGCAAGGGAACCAGACUGCGAAAACAGCUGGUCUCAAUGGAGGGACGGGGAAGAAGUCUAUCUUGGGCAAGGCAAAGGACGCAUUGAUUAAGAGGACACGGAGUGAGAGUGAGGCGGAGGUACCGACGUUGGGGCGGUCAGGGCAUGUUUCGGCGGUCGAUACGGAUUGGGUGAAGAAAGUGACCGAAGAGUCGAGCUUUGGUGAGCUUUUGAAGGAGCUUCUUGGGAAGUGA